AUGGGCCUGAGCCAUUCUAAGGCUCACCCUCGGGUGACCAAAGUAGCACCCUUGCAAAACGAAGGGGAAGAGGCUCCCUCCGCCAGCCCCGUGGCCUUCGCGUUCGGCCAGAAUCUGGAAGGAAAGAGUUCCUAUGUGUUCGCAAGGCUGCAGGAUCGGAAUACAGCUUCGGAAAGGCAGCCACCACCUCUCUGGGGGUGUGGAAGACACUCGGCAGUGCCCAGGGCCAUGUAUUUUGACAUCCCACUGGAACACGGAGAAACAAGUAUUAUUAAAAGUCAUCCACCCCGAAGACUUCAAAAGCUUGAACCCAUUGACCUGCCACAAGUAAUUACUUCUGAAACGCUCCUGAGCCAGCAAGAAGCCAGAACGACUCACAAAGCAAAGCUGGAACUUGAAAAGAAGAUACAAACUUCAGGGUAUACUCCUGGGAAAAGACAAUAUUUACAUAAGAUGCGAAUGCUGGAAAUGAACCGUAACAGACAAGAGAAGAAAAGUCUUCACAGGGAGGCAAGAAUUAAUAAGCAAAAACCGAGGGACCAUAAAGCCAAGAAACUCCUUCAAAGCAUCCCAAGACAUGACAGGGAUCUUCCAACCUUGUUGCCGGAUGAAAACUUGAACAGAAGAAGUCCAGGAAAUUCACAGAAUGAAGAUUUGGGGGAACAUCAAGCAAGGAAUGACUGUUGUCCCCGGAAAAUUGGCAAAAUGGAAACGUGGCUCCCUGAACAAGAGGCCCGGGGUCAGCUUCUCUGGGACAGUUCUAGCUCUGACUCAGAGGAGUUGAGAAAAGGCGAGAAGAAACCACAGGCACUGGUGAGGACCAGGACAGAGAGAAUCCCACUUUUUGAUGAGUUUUUUGAUCGAGAAUAA